UUAGGGCUCCUGAGAGGCCAUGCCCAGGAAGAGCCCCGGCAAGCUCCAGGUAUGGCGCGUGGGAAUGCUGCGCUACGAUCGCGCCCUGGCGCUGCAGCGCUACGUGAUGGAGGACCGCAUUCUCGGCCACGACGACGUCCUCAUCUCCGUGCAGCACCCGCCCGCCAUAACCCUAGGCCGCCACAGGCUCUCCCACGCCAUCCUCACCCCCCACUCGGAGCUCCGCCGGCUGGGCAUCGAGAUCUACCACACGGACCGCCGCGGCGAGGUGACAAUGCAUCUCCCAGGCCAGCCCGUGCUCUACCCGAUCGUCUCCCUCCGCGCAAUCGAGAUGGGUCUUCGCAAUUUCCUGGAGGUGCUCGAGGACGUGAUGCUGGGCGUGGCCAAGAGCCAUGGAAUCGAUGCCGAGGUGAGGGUGCCAUUCGAGGCUGGAUGCUGGAUCGAGCGGCAGCGGCAGAUUGGAGCGAUUGGAUUGCGGCUGACGGGCGGGGUCACGACGCAUGGAUUGGCGUUCAAUGCCAAGCCGGACCUGGGCUACUUCUCGCACAUUGUCCCGUGCUGUGGCCUCGCGGGGAAGGAGGCGACCUCGCUGGCCAAGGAGCUGGGAUCGCCGGAUGGAGUGGACGAGGAGGCUGUGACGGAGCAGCUGAUUGACAAGUUCGUGGAGAUCAUGGGGUACAAAAAGGUGGCCAACCGGAGUUUCAACAUGGAGAAGCUGGUUCCAUCGCUGGACCGGCUGAUUACUGUCAGAGCUGGCGAUGGUGGGCGGAGAUGGCUCUUGAAGCUCAAAGAGAUGGAUCAACACCAUUAGUGGGGGAAGUGAUUUCCUUUUCUGGGAUCCACAAAUUCAAAGCAUUGCAAGAUCGAUAGUGCUUCCCUUACCCGUAAGAGUGACAAGGUUCCGAUCUGCCACCAGCGACCUAAGGAUGUCUGAGAGACACUACAGUCCUCCGCUCUACCAACUGAGCUAAGAUCGGUUAUUGUAACUGAAAGGUAAGUUGAUGAUCUUCUACUAGCAUAUCCACGAAAACCUUCGCGACGGGUGAUCUUUUACUCACAUCCUUCACGAAGGAUAUCGCCAUGAUCUUCCAAAAAUAUCGCAAGAAACUGUGCUGGAUUUUAUCAGGCAAUGCGAUGCAUGGUUGCCAGAAAUCUUUCAGUACAAUACACAUGGACACAAUGGGAGUUCGGGUUCGUCUCGGAGAUCCAUCUGGUGGGUGAUGAGAUUGUGUUUGUGCACUUAAAACAGAACAAGAAACCUAUCAAACGAGAAAGAAACAUCUUUUGUGCAGCAUGGCCAGUUCGUGAUUCAUAUUUCUCAAAAUCUUCAUCCUUUAUGGGAUGCAACAGGGACGAGGCCUCGGUUGAAAUUCUCCAUAGUCUGCGAGAAACUUGCAGCGUGGUAAUGUUUAUGAAAAUCUUCAGUUUUCUCUUACCAGGAAUUUGCUCCGGAGGGGGAUGAUGUAAUUGCAGCAGCUUUCUCAUCUCAAGUGUCCAUUCCGUGCCAAAGUCAGUUUUGCUUGAAGUAUGAGUAAAAUGCAAAGACUCCAGAGAAGCUUGUAAAAGCUGAAAAUUUUAUUUUUAUCAUCAAUUUUAAUUGUUGUGAAAGUACGAGAAGACUAAAA